GUGAUAACAUGAGCUAAGUAAUCGAAAGAGACAUCGUUUUAAAUCAAGCUGCAGAAGAGACGGAACUUCACAAAGAACGAAAUGUAACCAUGGACGUGUAUUUAAUAAUAUAAGUUUGUUGUGUAACAUCCCGAGGGGAGGGCUUUGCGCAGGUGCCGAAGAUGAAGAACUUCGUGCCUUGUAAUUCCGAUAAGUAAUUUCAAUGCUUCGUCGUAUUGUACAAUCACUGAUGAAAAAAUCAAGUGUUGUUGAUCGGAUGAAGACAAAAAACUUCUAUAUCGUUAUUGGCUUCAUUGUGGUGACCAGUGGUUCCUUAUGGCUCAUCAGUUUUCCAUCCCCUACAUUCCAAAAUAUUGUGACAAAAACUCACAAAGGAAUCAAGAACUUACCCAGCAACAUUCAGAUACGGGUCAAACACCAAUUAACCAUAGAUCCCAUCUACUUGGCCCACCUUGGCCUUAACUCUCAGACUCAGAGUAAUGAAGGGGUUGAACCUUCAAAGUCAGAAUAUACACUGGUUGUUGGUAGCAGUGUUGAGCCAGAAAAGUUUCAAGAUGCUGUUGAAUUUAUGGAGUCUGUUCGCAAGAACAUGGCAGGUUACAGACUGGUCAUGUAUGACCUUGGACUGUCCCAGCAAGAGGGAGCUUUGCUCAAAAAGUAUUGCAACAGCUCAUGGAACUGUGUGGUUCAAGUAUUUGACUUCCAGAAGUAUCCUUCCCACGUGGCUGAACUUUCCAUCAAGAGUUAUCGCCCUAUAUGUAUACAAGAAAUGCUGAACACCUACAACGCAGUCAUUUGGGCAGAUGAAGCGGAAUAUUUCCUUCCAGGCAACUGGACACCAAUAGUGGUGCAGGCCAAAGAAACAGGGCUUGCUGCCUGGACUAUUGAAGACCCCACCUCAGCCAUUACCCAUCCCAAGAUGUUUGAUUACUUUGAGACUAAACAGAGCUCCUAUUAUUUCCACCGUGCAGUAGAGACAUCUCAUAUUGUGAUAUAUGGCAAACCUGAUGUAAAAAACAAGAUCAUGUUGCCAUGGGUUAAGUGUGCCCUUCUGGAAGGAUGCAUCAACCCAACUGGGGCACAGAAUGCUGGCUGCAACUUUUUCCGCAAACCUCUUUUUCUGUAUUCUGGCUGCCAUUACUAUGACAUGUCUGCACUGAAUGUCAUCCUGGGACAAGUGUUUGAAUAUGAUGAGCGAGGCUAUGCAUCAAAAGAGACUGUGUUUGGCAAUCUUAUUGAUGAUAGGCUCGCAGCUAAAAAUGUGAGUGACCCUUUGCACAGGUCAAGAUUGAAGCUGCGAGAGUAUUUGAAUGGGAAGGUAGUGGGUACUAGCUAGAGAGAUAAGAUAGUUCAUUCAUUGACAGCCUGCUCAUUCUAGCAUUGCUGCACAUUUCAGCACAUUGUCAUCAAACAUAACAUCAAGAUGGAGCAAGUAAGAUCUAAAUUGUUUCUGACUAAUUUUUUCAUUGUGUUGGAAGAGUAAGUCAGAAGUAUCAAGUCUUGGUCUUCCUAAAAGUAAAAGGAACUGGUAGGUGUCUAACGAUUGUGAUGUACAAGAAUGAGAUUAAGAUUACUUAAGUGUUUACACACACAAUUAACUGUCUUCUUGUUGCUGAAUACUUUACAUAUAUGAUUAUAUGAAGGUAUAUUAUAGUAGUGCAUGUGUUGUGUAGUAGCAUGUAUGCAUAUUUGGCAGAUGGUUGCUGUUUGGAUUAAAUGUUUAAAAACAUCAAUUAAGCUGAUCAGAAAACACAAACUACAACUAAUCUCACCGUGUUAUAUAUGCAUAUGUAAAGAACCAGUUUAAAAAAAUGCUUUGCAUAAUGCAUAUUUUUGUCAAAAUUAACAUUUUUUAAAACUUUUUCUGUACAGUUUGCACCCACAAAUGCAAACAUUGUCAUAGCUAUCGCUCAGUUGUGUCAAUGCAUAUUGAAUGAGUUAAUAAGGAAAUGCAUAUUCCAGGCAAACUGCAACUGCCAUCUUAAGAUAGUUUACAAAUUAAUGUCAAAGAUUUUAUUUAUCCCAGAGGGCAAUUAAAAGUAGCUCUAUAUUAAAGCACAAUAAUCAACAGUACCUGCUAUAUAUAAAUAGACCUUCAUACAAUCAUGGUUUGCAUAUGAUCUACAUUCAUUUGCACACAUUAGUGUUCAGAAGUAGCACGGCCAAAACAACGAAGAACAGCAUCAAUCUGUUGGUCAUGCAUACAUGUAUACAGAAUUGGCAGCACACUAGAAGUUAAUGAAACUCUCUCCACAGGACAUGCCUGAUAACUGAAGAGCAAAAUUAUUUUUUGAAUGACUAGGUUCAUUACAAAUUGCCAUCUAGUCUUAGUGAAUAAUUGCUUUCCUUUGACAAGAUACAAACCUUUUCACAUUACAGUUUUCUACAGCAACUUGCAAAGAGAGCAUUUUCUGUUAUGUCACAAAAUAAGGUUUGCUGUUCAAGCUUUCGUUGGUGUCAGAUUGGCUGUGGUGUUCAGUGGGAUAAAAAUUAGAACUAAAGUUGAACAAUGUGCUUGUUUUUCCCACAAAAAGUUUGAAAAAGCCAGCAUUCAUUAUUAUGAUAAUUUAAUUACACGACUGUUUUAGUGAUUUGUCACCGACUUUUAUCUUGAAUAAGCAUUUAAUGGAACUUUCCAAUGGUUAUUUAAGAGAAAAAAUUUGUUUUACAUUCCCUUUAGGUAAAUAAGAAAACUGAUGUUAAAGCCUAUAUUGCUCAGAACUCAGGAGUAAAAGGAGAGGUAUAUAUUAAGCUUUUAGAAAGCUUUAUGGAAUACAAAUGAAAGGGUGCUUUUUGCAUGCCAUUAACAUCUCAUAUUCUUUCUUAAUAAAAUAUUCUUAUUCCGUAAGGUAGUCACAAAUGUGUGCCUGUAACUGUCUUCCAUUUACAGUUCCUGCAAGGGAAGAAAAAGUUAUUAUUGUUGCAAAUAACUAACAUUUUUCCUUAUUUUCAUCAUUGUCUUUCAGGACUAUUCUUAUGAUAUUAUGCCAGUUAUUAACUUUAUCAAUACAAUAACUUUUAGGGAUCUUGCUUCUGCUCAAAAUCUUAUGAAAACAUUUUAUAUAAGGUACAAGGGUACAAAAUGGAAGCUUUAUUGUAAGUAAUUUGCUUAGUAGUUUUCUGUUUUACAGUUCUGCUUAAGAACAAAUAUUCAUUUUUGUGUUCUGAAGUCAUAUGCAUGCUUAAUUUUUUUUUCAUGAGGAAAAUGCAGUUUGGCAGCCCAACUUCAAAAUACCUAGUCCAUUCAUUUUAAAUUCAAAACACUAAAUUCUUUUAUUUUUAAAAUUGUAAGCAUGAACAUAAGACUUUAUGAACAGUAUCUGUUUAAAAUUGCCUUUCUUUGCUGCUGGUUCUGCCCAGUUCAGUCAUCGCAAAGCCAUUUAAGACACUGCUGGAAACAAGAAAGUGAGAAAAUUCAUGGCAGCAUGUCUGUUGAGGGAUUGUGGAUUUAAUGCUGUUUUGUGAGUGAAUUAUGUUUUUUUAAAUUAAAGGGAUGAGAGGAUGUUCGGGGGAAUGAGGCCAUGUGUGGUAAAAACAUUCUUACUGUUUGUAUCUGCAUAAAUGUGUGCAUUGUCACCCUCAUUAAAAUUUUGUUGCGUGCACGUUUCACACCUUCAGUAUUAUUGUCAGUAGUGCAAACCACAGGUGAAAAUCUCUAUUUUAUAGCAAGACAUGAAUUGUUUCUAUUAAAGUAAUUUAUGAUUUAGAGAGAAAAUGUUUGUGUGUGUGUGUCCAUGUGACUGGAUUAAUGGUCUUUUUACCCUUGUGUUUGUGGAAGAUGGACUGUAAAAAUAAUUGUAUUUUUUUUUUGUUUGCAAAUAUUUUACUGUUAUGGAUACUACUUUCACUAGGUGAAAUAGUUAUCUGAAGGUUCUGUUAAAAAGGUGCUUUAAAUAUGACAGUAAAUGUUGUCUACUUUUGUUAAUCUUACCUGAUUUUCAAUAUAGUCUCUUUCUCAGGUUUUAAACUUGUGCAAAACUCAAAUAGAUGUAUUCAGAAUCUGUGAACUACAAUUACAGUCUGCUUUCUGUGGCAGGGUAAUUAUUCUCUUGAAAAAGAAGAGUUUGGGAAGGAUUAAGAUUUUUGGUUUCCUACAUGAGCUUCUGUGUUGCAAAUGCUUACUUUUACCAUCUGCUAGAAAUUGUGAAAUCAUAUUUUAUAGCUAAUCUACUUGACAACAUAAGAACAGCGAUAUAGGCAUGAAAUAGCAGAGCUGAUCAGGAGUGGAAACAUUGAACAAAACAUACUGUUAUUGGUGGGAUGUUGCAUAUCUACAUGGAGUUGGUGGUAACUAAGAUGUUUUCAACUAUAGUUUUUUUUUUUUAAAAAGAUGUAUCUUAACAGGCAUCAUUAAUAUUGUUUAAUGCAUGCUCUUACACAGUCUAAUAGCAGGUUUACUUCUAGAUUUUUAGUUCGAAAAGUACAGUCCAUAUGGUGAUAUACUUGCAGUGGUUUUUCCUUGUAAAGGUUGUCUUCAUAUUUUUUAAAGGUUUGUGGGGUGAGAUGUUGGAGACCAUUUUUUUGGGGGGGCCAGGAUUUUUGUGUGGUGCCCAAUUCUUGCUUUGCUAUUUAACCUCUGUCAAACUGUCUAUAGAGUUGAGUACCAAUUUCUGACAGCUGGAUUGAUUUGAUUAUGCUGCACCACAUGGGUAUCAUUGUAUUAACCACUUUUCUUGGUUUUUUGCAUGCACAUUAUGUAAUUCUGUGAUCUUGAAGUAUUGUUUUCUUCCCGUUAGUCAUGCUAGUUUAUUAUGAAGUUGUGAAACUUAAUACAAGUUAUAAAACUGAUCUUUGUGGUUAGAUUCUUGAAACAGUUUUGUCACCUUCAAAAUCAGUAAAUUAAUAAGUUAAUUAGUCAGAACAUAUAAGCUUUUAACCUUUUAUUUAUAGGUAAGAAAAGCUUGACAUGAUAUGUAGACACAUUUGCCUGAUGGCCUCAGCCAUGUGGAUUUUACAGGGUUGUAAUUUGUGGAGUAUGUGAAAAACAGCUUUUUUAGUUUCAGCAUUCCUUUGCAAUCAGACGAUUAGAUUAAAAAAAUUUUUGACAGUGUUCCUGUUUGAUGUUAUUUUGUGUUGUAUGUAACCGUUUCCAUGCUUUGUUCUUAGACUGAUAGGUGUUUGUAUAAUGUCUGUGAAUCCAGAAAAUAAAGUUUUAGAAAUGUACAGACAUUGUCACUCUCUUCCUCCAACUUUUAAAUGCUUUAUAGAAUACAAGUAAGCUACACAGGCUUUCAUGACUUUCACCUCAUAAAUCAUAUAUUAUGCAUGAAAAGUUGCACACAAAAAAAAUAUAUAUUUCUGACCAAGUUAUCAAACAUCUUGACCUUGUAUUAAGGUCAUGAGCUGAAUGGCUGUAUCAAUUAAUAAGCAUACAUGGCUCAGAUGAACCGUUUUUCUUGUUUCUUAUCAGAUGUGAAUUCACAAUAUGUAUGAAAUUUCAAAAAGUAUUUAAACUUUUGGCACUGAGCAUACUCUAGUUUUGAGAAGGACUUGAAGUAAACAGUGUUCUACUGCAUAGCUACAGAGACUUUCAGGAUUUAUUUUUUUUCAUUUGCAAAUAACCUGUGCACUGAUCUUCUCCUGCUUUGAGUGGCAAAUUUCAUCUUUAUGUCUUCUGUAUAGAUGCACAAUGUAUGUUUGAGUGGUGGGGCUGUUAAGUUGUCAAAUGACACACUCAUCUGUGUAUGCAUAGCUUGGCUUGUACUUCUUACCGGCAGUGUGAGGUCUUUGCCACUUGUUCUGAGGAGAAGUGGAUGCAGGUUUGACAUGAACAGCCUCCUCAUCUAAAACUCAUUAGCAUUUUCAUGUUGGUUUAUAAAUUAUUUUUUCAAUACUGCAAAAAUCUAGUUUAUGAGACUUUCCAUGAGUCCAUCAAUCAUAGAAGCAAAUUUGAAUACAUUGCUAUAAGAAAAGUAGUGACUGCAAAUUGAAUAAAUCAAAUAUCACUAUACCAUGAAACAUUUGUUUUGUACAGGAAAAAAUACAUCCAACUCAUUUGGAAACAAGAAACCUGGCAUCUUUAUUACAUGUAUCUUAAGUUGCUUUUAAAAAUCACAUUUUGGUUUAUCUUUUUCUCACAAGUCUGCAGUUUCUGAAUUGAC